AUGGAGGAUUACAAAAGCGGCCCACUUGCCACCCGUAAAGCCGCUUCCAAAAAAGCCACUGACAAAUUCCCUUCCAAAAUCCCAAUAAUCUGCCAAAAAUCCACCUCUAGCGUACUUCCCUCCCUCGCAAAAUCAAAAUUCCUAAUCCCAAAAUCUCUCGAAGUCCUUGAAUUUGAAAGGCUUAUCAGGAAGAGAAUCAGCCUUGACGAGAGAGAAGCCAUCUUCUUCUUAAUCAACGGUAAGAUCAUGCCUAGGAAGGAUUCUACUAUGGAACAGGUUUAUGAAAAGGAGAAAGAUGAAGAUGGAUUUCUGUAUGUAAUUUAUACGGAAGAGAAUUUUAUUGGCUAA